CAACAUAAUUAUAUCCAAAGCUCUAAAAAGUACAUAUUAUUCUAUUAUUGCUGACUGCACUCCUGACGUAUCUCACAAAGAACAGCUCUCGCUUACGAUUAGAAUUGUAAAUAUAUCAGAAUAUCCUAUAAAAAUAAAUGAACACUUUCUAGGGUUUUUCAAUGUUAACGACACGACAGGUCUUGGUUUAACAGAAAUCAUAAUUGGAGCUUUAAAAGAUUUUGGACUGAAUAUAAGCUUUUGUCGAGAGCAAGGUUAAGAUAACGGUGCAAAUAUGAAAGGUAAAAAAAUAGGUCUACAAAAGCGAAUAUUAGAUUUGAAUCCUUUGGCUUUUUACCUUCCAUGUGGAAGUCAUUCUCUCAAUUUGGUUAUUUGUGACUCAGCGCAGUUUUCACUAAACUCCAUUAACGUUUUUGGCAUAAUACAAAGAUUAUUCACAUUAUUUUCUGCAUCAACUUGGAAAUGGAAUGCUUUACUUAGUCAUACAACAAACUUUACUCUUAAACGAUUAUGCGACACUUGUUCGGAAGCCAAAAUUGAGAGCCUCAAAGCCAUCCGAUACCAAAUAAGCAGCGUACAUGAUGCUUUAAUUACUAUAUAUGAAACUGAAACCAAAACUCCCGAUAUUGCGCGCGAAGCGCAAACAUUAGCCGAACAAUUAAAAGACUAUAGUUUUUUAGUUUCUUUAAUUGCAUGGUACAAUGUACUAUUCCAAAUAAACGUUGAUAGUAAAGCAAUGCAAGCCAAAGACAUGGAUCUAGUACAGUGCGCUGAAAUGUUGAAAAAAUGCAUCACAUUUUUGGAAAAUUACAGAACGUUUGGCUUUAAACAAGCAACGGUUGAUGCCAAAGAGUUUGCUGAAGAGUUGAACAUCGAUGCAAUAUUUAAGCCGCUUAAAAGAGUGCGACGAGUGAAACGUCAUUAUGAUGAAAAUGCUUUUGACGAACCAAUUCAAAAUCCCGAGAAGAAACUUGAAGUGACAUUUUUUAACCCUUUAUUAGAUACAUGUCUGUCGUCAAUAAAUGAAAGAUUUCAACAACUUAAUGAAUAUGUAAAUAUAUGGAGUUUUUUAUUUAAUUUGGAUAAUUUGCCCAUCAAGAAUGAACUUUUAAAACUGUGUAAACAAUUACAAGAAAAAUUAACUGUAAAUACAAAAUCAGAAAUCGAUGGUGCUUUGCUAUGCGACGAACUAAUAAGUGUGCAGUUUUUUAUAAAAGAUAAAUUAAGCAAUGUUGAAAAUGAAAUAAAUACAAAAGAGAUGACACCACUUUUUGUACUGAAUCUUAUUAAAAAACAUUGUCUACAAGAGUUAUAUUCAAAUACAUGGAUUGUUCUGCGCAUUCUUCUUACAAUACCUGUUACUGGCAGUGGAGAACGUAGUUUUUCUAAACUGAAGUUAAUCAAAACAUAUUUAAGAAAUACCAUGUUGCAAGAUCGACUUAAUUCUCUAUCUAUGUUAUCAAUCGAGCAAGAUAUAGCUGAAAAUUUAGAUUUUUCUAGUUUGAUAAGAGAUUUCGCGGACAAAAAAGCUAGAAAAGUUAGAUUUUAAAAUUUAGUAACUCUUGUUUAUAU